AUGCCGCGCUCGUUUAUGGUGAAGAGUUCAAAAAGACGCCCGUCCCUUUCAAAGUCCGACCAUGUCCUUCCUCAGCGUAUAUCCGCAGAACCUGAUGACGUUGACAGAGGUUGUUACUCGCAUUCGUCCAGUCCCUCGGUUGAGUCUGAAAAUAUUGAUGACGUGAGCAACCAAUCAAAAACCAGCACGAUUGAACCAAUCACCGGUACCACCAAUGAUUUACACAUCACAGUUCAUCAACAGAGAAUCAAGGAGCUGUUCCAACAGUAUCUACGCUGGAUGGACAUCACUUCCGAUCAUGUGAUCAGUCGGGGAGCCAAUGACGAAAGCCUAUUCAAUAGUCUUUUUAAAGACACGGAAGUAAAAACACUGGGUAAUCGGGAGUGUACUCUCGUAUCUGAAGGCAAGUGUGACUGUCUGAGGACCAAAUUUUGUUGUGGUCCGUUCGGAUUGCCCUCCCCGACAGAUUCCACAGAUUCAUUCAAAGGGUUCCGAGAUGAUGGCGACCAUGUGGCACACUCGAUGAACUUUCGAGAUUCUCAGUUUUUCGGUAACGGCGAGGAGGAGUUUGCACCCCACAGAACCUUCCGUUGUAAGGAGUGCGGUAAGGGCUUCAAGCGUUCGUCCACCCUCAACACACACAUGCUAAUCCACAGUGAUACCCGCCCUUAUCCUUGUCAAUACUGCGGCAAACGGUUCCACCAGAAGUCGGACAUGAAGAAACACACGUAUAUCCACACAGGUGAAAAACCCCAUAAAUGCUCUGUUUGUGGAAAGGCUUUCAGUCAGUCAUCUAACCUUAUCACUCACACGCGUAAACAUACGGGCUUUAAACCCUUCACGUGCGAACGGUGUGGGCGGAGCUUUCAGCGAAAGGUUGACAUGAGGCGCCAUCUGGAAACAAGCCAUCGCCUGAUUUAG